AUCUCUGCAGAAUCACAUCAACAAAAUUAUUAACUAUUAUUAUGGAUUCACAAUCACCAAAUGGUUCAAUUAUCUUCUCUACUGUUGGUAGAACCAAUUACGGUUUCGAUAUCUUCUCCCUCAAAUCUCCAUUGUCUUUCCUCAAUUCCCCAAUCACGGAGCACCGUCUCACAGACGGUGCAUCCGUCAAUUUCAACGGUCAAUUCAUUGACGAAGACCAAACACUGGUCUUCGUCUCUGAAAGAUCAGGUGCUCCUCGCAUUUACUUGAGACAACACCCCUCAGGAAUCGAACUAAUUCCUACUUCAAUUAAUAGCUUAUUUCUCGAUCGUCCAAUUCUUCGGAAUAAUCGCCUCUAUUACAUCUCAACUCAUCAGCAUUCCGAAAAAAUUUUCACAAGCUCCUCUGCUCUUUACUGCACUAAUAUCGACGGCGACAAUGAGGUAACAAGAUUGACUCCAGAAGGAUCCGUUGAUUAUAGUCCUUCGAUUUCAAAAUCUGGACACAUGAUUGCUGUUGCGUCCUAUGGAAAUCGUCAUUGGCCUACCGAUGAAUUUCAUGAUCUGAGUACUGAUAUUGUUGUUUUCCCUGUAUCUAAACCUGAUAUGAGAACAAUUGUGUGUAGACACGGUGGCUGGCCAACUUGGUCCGGUGAUUCGACGAUUUAUUUUCAUCGACAAGCUGAUGAUGGAUGGUGGAGCAUUUUCAAAGUCGAUUUGCCUAACGAUUUAUCAAAUUUGGUUGAUGAGAAUAAUGGUUCGAUUCGAGUUACUCCGCCUGGUGUGCAUUGCUUUACUCCUGCAGCAGCAGUAGCAUCAUCAGACCGCUCUAAAUCAUCAAUUAUUUCUAUUGCAACUCGAAGACCCGGAAAGAGCUAUCGCCACAUCGAAAUUUUCGAUGUGGAGUCUCAAAAGUUCUUUCCGGUGACGGAAUUGAUUAAUCCUACCAUUCACCAUUACAAUCCCUUCUUCUCUCCUGAAUCGACUUUCCUCGGUUAUCACAGAUAUCGAGGCGAAUCGUGUUCGGGAGAAACAAUAAUUCCUUACUUGGACCCUGUAAUUUCUCUGGAAAACGGACUGAAAAUGCUGAGGCUUAACGGAUUCUUCCCUGCAUCCUCUCCAUCCGGUGAAUUCAUUGCAUUCAAUCCGGGAUUCACAGGACUCGAAAUCGUCAAAUCAGAUGGAUCGAAAAAAUGGACAUUGAUCAAAGAUCGUACAUCUUUCUGCAAUUCGUGGUCUCCAGCUGAACCUGGUGUGAUUUUUACAUCAAUCGGACCUAUAUUCGAAUCAGUUAAAACGACUGUACAAAUAGCGCGUGUUUCGUUCAGUUCAUUGAACUUUAAUGACGAUGAAAUUCCGGUAGAUAUAAAAGUUUUAACAGGGGAAGAGACUGGUAACAACGCAUUUCCUUCUUGUUCGCCUGAUGGAAAGCAUGUAGUGUUUCGUUCAGGUCGUUCGGGGCAUAAGAAUCUGUAUAUUAUCGAUGCAGUCAAUGGAGAAAUGGAGAGAGGAGAAAUUCGUCAGUUAACGAAUGGGGCAUGGAUUGAUACGAUGCCAAAUUGGUCACCUGACGGAAAACUAAUUGCAUUUUCUUCCAACAGACACAAUCCGAAUGACAUUAAUUGUUUCAGCAUCUACGUUGUUCAUCCGGAUGGAUCAGGGCUCCGGAGGAUCUACGUGGCAGGGCCGGAGGGAUCAGAGGAAGUAGAUAAAGAGAGAUUAAAUCAUGUAUGUUUUAGUAAGGACAGUGAAUGGCUCUUGUUUACGGGCAAUUUGAGCGGAGUGACAGCAGAACCGGUGUCGUUGCCAAAUCAGUUUCAGCCGUAUGGUGACUUAUAUGUGGUGAAAUUGGAUGGGAGUGGAUUGAGACGAUUGACGUGUAACGGAUAUGAGAAUGGAACUCCAGCUUGGCACUCUUCGACUAUGUCAAUGGAGACUACUACAGGGGAAACAGAACAGAACGUACUAGUAGGAGAGAAGUUAAAGGGUGAAUUUGAUGAUGUGCUAUGGAUGAAGUGUUGACGACAAUUAUAACAUACUCAGUGAUAUUCCACACGUGAAGUGUGGAAAGGGUUCGUGUGUUUGU